ACAUUAGUAUACAGCGGGGCUGUCAUCCCGUCAUCCUUGCUACAAGUGAGCUUCCUGUCAAAUGAAACACAGAAAAUAUGUAGUGCGUGUAAGUUUUAAGUGUGUGAAUUUUAUCAGCGUGAAAUUAGUAAAUAAAAAAAAUGUGUAAAAUCCUUAAAAAGAAGCUUAUAGAUAAAAUGUUGCAUAUCCGCAACGGAAUGUGUUAAUAUACAGCUAUGUAUAUAUAAGUAUAGUUUAGCUUUAGAGCUAGAAAAUAUACCUGCUCAUUGAAAGUCCGCAGAAAUCCAAAGUGCUUGUAGCAUAGUAGAUAGUGAAUGUUUUAUUUUAUAGAUACCUAAACAUACCAAGUAGUGGAAUCCGUAGUGAAAUCAUGUGCAUUGCGACCCCCAUCUACUCCGCGGGCUGGCCCAGUCACCUCAAUUGCAAAUAAAAUAUUUGCAAGGAAUAUCAAAAUUUGACCUCGCUUUGAAGUGGGUGUGUGGCAGAAAGAAAUAUUUUUCGCCAAUUUGACACACGCACACACACACACACUCAAACACAAACAUACACACGUACACUUAACUCGCAAAUACCCACCGUUUGCAAUAUGAAAGUGAUGCGCAUACGCCACGCUAAACUAAUCGUAGCCGUAGUGGUCAUAGCCAAUCUCAUACUAUUCUAUUACUCGUGGAAGUCGACCAUUUGGAAGAGUCUCACCUCCACGCUCAUGCCCGGCGACGCAGCAGAGCGCGCCGCGUCAGCUGAUAAUGAGCUCGGCGGCAUGGGUGCCGGCGCCGCAGGACGUGGCGGGGGUAAAUCGCCGCGCGAUAAGCUCAAGAAUGCCAACAAACAUAUACGCAAAUCCAUAACGGUUGUAUUUCGUAGUUUUUAUAAUUUCGAAAAUGAUCUCAAAGCAUCCAUUGACAAUCUGCUCGAUAUUGUGCCGAAUUUGUCGGUGUUGGUGCUGUUGGAGGGUACACCCUAUCCACCGGUCACGUAUGAGCGCAACAUCACCGCCACCAGCGGCGAGGAGAACACUGUGCGUUUCAUCAAUCUCGGCUUCGAUGUGCAAAAGACACCGGAGCAGUUGAAUGCGCUCGCGGCAAUACACACGAAAUAUGUGCUAUUCCUGCCGGAUAGCGUGCGUUUGACGAGUAAAAAUCUCUUGCAAAAGAUUUUGCGCGAAAUCAAUUCGGCCAUGCCUUUGGGCGCUGGCAUAGCGGCAAGAGCGCCGCUCAAGGCGGGCGAGUUUAAGCAUCAGCAAGAGGCGCGCGCCUUGUUGCCGCCUGUAGGUCCGGAGGAGACGGUUAGACGUUUGGUAAUAGUGCCAUUCGCCGGCAAUAUGAAGUCGUUUAGCAGUUGUACGCAAAUCAAUUUGGAUCUACCCAAUUGGACGAUACAAUAUGUGGCGGUCAACAGCAGCGACAAGUGUGACUUGUAUUUACAAAAACAUGCCAUACUCGUGGAUGUGGGUGUGCUCAAGGUGCUGCCCGACCCAUUCGUCUCGCCAUUCCCCGAAAUGUUUUACAUACAGGCGAAAUUGGCUGGAAUUUCGAAAACUGUAUUCCCACAAACCUUCCAAGAUGGACGCCGACUUUUCGCCUCGUAUCAUACGAAACAACGCCGCACCGAGAUACGACGUCGUCAGUUUAAGGAGUUAUACAAGAAGCUACAGAUCAAACGUAUCAUACGCCGUUCACAUAAAGUCAUCACGAAAAGCGAUACGAAAGAGAGCGGUGGUGGUGGCGGUUCACAUCACAAUCUCGUACUGGAUACACAAUUUUCCUCAUCGAACUUCAGUUUGCCGCUGGUAACGGAAAUCGAUUUAAUCGGCUGUGAACGCACCACAAAAUCUUGCGUCGGCACUGUCUAUAACAAUCGGCCGUUCUACAUUUAUUUGGACAAACACACGCCCCCAUGUUGCCUUGACAAACUCAAAACGACAUUCAAUCAUGUGCUCGAGGAGUUCGAGAAUGUCGGCAUACGUUAUUGGUUGGACAAUCAGGCCUUGCGUACAGCCAUCGAGACGAAUCACUUGCAUCCGGAUGCUUAUGAAAUCGAUAUCAGUUUUAAUGUCAACGAUUUGGAGCGUUCGAAUGCCAUGAAGAAGUCACAAAAUAAACCAUAUGUAGACAAUGAGGGCUUCUACUGGAUUAAGGCGACGGAUGGGCAUUAUUUUAAAGUGCAAUUUUCGAAAAUUAAUCAAAUCGGUGUAAAUUUAUUACCAUUCGAAAUUAACGGUAAUGAGGUGAGACCAAGUGGAUUUUUCGGUUGGAAAGCCAAAGAAUUCUCCGCCGACUAUCUGCAUCCAAUGUCGACGGUACUGUUUUUGGGCAAAAGUGUAAUGUGUCCGAAUAAUGUGCGUGAGUUCUUGGACUUUAAGAAUGUGUAAUGCGGUGAUUGGUGGUAGGAGGCUGAAGAAACAUCGCCAUGAAGCACAAAACAUACAAACGGUAUUAAAAGCGUUGAUCUGUCGAAGAACUCUCGAGAUCUUACAAAAUAUGGCAAAAAUGGUAUUAGAAGCGUUGAUCUACUGAAGAACUCUCGAUAUCUUACAAAAAAUAGCACAAUGUGGAUCAACCGAGUGUAGUAAAAAUCGCCAAAAAUAUACGUCAGCGGCUAUUAGAGAUGUGGCUCAUUAGAGACUGGCUAUAUUAUAUCAAAUUCAUUUCCUUUAAGUUGUCUUCAAGAUAUAUUCUCCAUUUUUAGAGUAUUUAAAGCAAAUGUAAAUAAUUUUUUUUCAUCAGUACCUUCAUAACUCAUGUUUAUCUCACAGCUCAAAGCUCUUCAAUAUAUUUUCCAACUUCAAAAGCAGGUGAAAGUAAGAUUGUUCUAAAUUAGCAGAAAACUAAACAAAUUUUGCAAUUUUAUUGUUUUGCCGAACAAUGAGGUUUGGUGAAUCUGUACUUCGUUUACAGUCGUUCGUCAGCCUCAUGUUUUUUAAAACCACACCUCGUAGAACCAUACGCAAAAUAUGAGGAAUUAAUAAAGACCGAAAAAUUGUACGAAUUAUAUUAAAACAGAGCUAAAGUGAUUUACAUAGAAAAUAUAAGUGUGACUUUACUUAACGGGAAUAAAUUAAUCGCCAUGAUCUCUAAAGGGAAAGAAUUAUAAAAAUAAUAACAUUGAGGUUAAGUAUGCACCAAAUUUAGAAGAUUUUAAUGGAAUUGUAUAUAGUAAAUACAUACAUACACACCUACAAAUAUUUGUAAAAAUUUAAGAAAUCGGAAUAUACAUACACAUUAAUAUAUACAUACACACAUACAAAUAUAUAAUGCUAAGCCAAAUUAGAUAAAUUAAGCGAGUAUGGAAGACACAUCUACGAAAAAGAGUAACAUUAAAGAGUUCACAAUAUAUAAGUAUAUAUACAUGUUAUUAUUUUUUAGAAUUUAUGCUUUAAACCAAAGAAGCUUUAACAUCAGCCGAUGAAGCAGUCGUUAAAAAAAUAAACUUUUA